AUGCAAUCUCUGUCUAGCCCUGAGCCUGCAGCCUCAAUGUUUUCCGGCGAUCCUCCUGGCCUUCACUAUGUGGAGCACAACCGAGGCCACCCCACUAUCAUACUCAUCCACGGUGCCUUUGUUUUCGGUGGUUAUUGGGAUCUAGUCAUCCCAUAUCUCAGCUCAUAUCACCUAAUAGUCCCGGAUCUUCCAGGGCAUGGCAAGUCCCAAGAGAUCACACCGUUUUCCGUUGAACUUUCGGCCGAUCUCAUCGCCGAUCUCAUCCGUACCCACGCCAACGGACCAGCCCAUAUUAUCGGACACAGUCUAGGGUCACAUGUUGCGAUCCGUCUAGCCUCUAAAGAACCCGAGCUGGUCAAGUCCAUCUUUAUCUCUGGAUUUGAGAUUUUCCCCAAGACUGCCCUCACGCCCUAUAUACCAUAUGCCGCGUGGGUCGUGCCUCGAGUGGAAAACUGUCUCCCGCGUCCGCUGAUGCGCUGGGCUAUGGACGGCGCAGAUUUGCCGCGCACAGAUACCAGCACCUGCACACUGGAUCUAUGUCGACAGAUCGUCUCGUCAGGAGCUCCAAAUGAGUGGCCAUCGCCAUGGCCAGCGCGAACUCUCAUCGUUGCAGCUGGCAAAGGAGGACUCAUACCUACCAGCGACCACCCUCAUGAUGCCGUGAAGCUGAUGAAUAUCGGGAGGGAAUUGAAUUUGGAGACUACUGCAUACACACAUAAGAGUAUGCGGCAUCCAUGGAAUCGUCAAGCUCCUCAGGUUUUUGCGGAAACUGCCCAGGCAUGGUUUGAGCACAAGGAGUUGCCCGAGGGCUUUAUAAAGCUUUGA